UAAUAGAGAAACCCUUUUGCUGUUUAUCCUUAGUUUCUCAGUUGGGGUUUAGUUUUAUUUCCAGAAGAAAUAUAUAUGUAUAUAUAUAUAUAUAUAUAUAUACAGAAAAAAAUGGGAAGAAAUUAUGAGAAUUUGAUGGUAUGGGAAUUAUAGCGACGGCGUCCACUUCUUCUAUUCUACUAUUGUAAUUCUAUGUCACAACAAGACUACCACCAGGCGGCGGCGGCGGCGGCGGCAGCAACCUUCUUCACACCCUUCACGAAUGGCUUUGACAGAUCCUCCACCACCGCCACUGCCUCCCACCAAGACCCUCAACAUCAACACUACAACCACAUAGCCCACCAGAUCCGAAAGGAGAAGCUCCGCCUCCAAGGCUUAGACCCGCCGCCUCCCCAGCCGUCCUUGGUCGGAAUUGAGGAGGAGGAGGACGACCAAUCCGCUGGCGCUGCUGCCCUUCACCACGUCUAUGACUCCACUGGAAUUUUAUCUGAAAUGUUCAAUUUUCCUCAGCCUCAACGGCCUCAAGCUGAGUGGUAUGGCAACCGGCAAGAGAUUAACGCCAGUGACUCGGCGGUGGCCAUGCAGCUUUUUCUGAUGAACACAAACCCUCGCUCACCGCCACCGCCGCCCGUGUCCUCAACCCUCCACAUGCUUCUUCCAAACCCAUCUUCAGGAGGGUCUUUUGGACAAUUCACAUGGGGGGUAGUUCCGGAACAAGAAACAGGAGGAGGAGGAGGAGGAGGAGGAGGAGGAGACUAUUCUUCCUCAAACCCUAACGAAGGCCGUCUUUCUCUGUCAUUAUCCUCGUCCAUAGAAGCUGCAAAAGCGGAGGAAUUGAGAAUGGGUGACAGCGGGUUAGUUUAUCAAAACCAACAUCACCCUCAACAAGUCCAGGUUGGAAUUGGGUCUUCUUCUAAUUCUUCCUUGGGAGUUGUCAACUUGUUGAGAAACUCAAAGUAUGUCAAACCCGCACGAGAAUUACUGGAGGAGUUUUGUAGCGUUGGAAGAGAUCAGCUUAAAAAUAAUAAUAACAAAUUCAAUAAGUCAAAUUUGACCUCCAACUCCAACUCCCAUGGCGGGGACGGCGGCGGAGGAGGAGUCUCGUCCUCGACGUCAAAGGAUCAACCGCAGCCACCGCCACCGCCCGCUUUGUCAGCCGCUGAUAGAAAUGAACAUCAAAGGAGGAAGGUCAAAUUGUUAUCCAUGCUUGAUGAGGUGGAUCGAAGAUACAACCAUUACUGCGAGCAGAUGCAAAUGGUGGUGAAUUCAUUCGACGUCGUGAUGGGGUUCGGGGCAGCGGUGCCAUACACGGUGUUGGCACAGAAUGCGAUGUCGAGGCAUUUCAGAUGUUUGAAGGAUGCCAUAACAGCGCAGCUGAAGCAUAGUUGCGAGAUGUUGGGCGAGAAAGAUGGGAGAGGAGGUGGAGGAGGGUCAGGAAUAACUAAGGGAGAGACUCCAAGGCUUAAGCUGUUGGAGCAAAGGUUGAGGCAGCAACGAGCCUUCCACCAAAUGGGAAUGAUGGAACAAGAAGCUUGGCGUCCCCAACGCGGCUUGCCCGAACGCUCUGUCAACAUCUUGCGUGCCUGGCUCUUCGAGCACUUUCUUCACCCGUACCCUAGUGAUGGUGAUAAGCAUUUGUUGGCGAGACAGACAGGUUUAUCAAGAAAUCAGGUAUCCAACUGGUUUAUUAAUGCCAGGGUUCGGCUGUGGAAACCCAUGGUGGAAGACAUGUAUCAACAAGAAGCCAAACAACAUGAAGAAGAAGAAGAACAAGAUGAUGAUCAUAAUAAUAUUAAUAAUAAUAACAAUACAGAUGAGGACACACAAUCCAAUCCUCCGCCCACUUCCUCCGCCGCACCACCACCACCACCACCCUUCUCAUACUACUACUCCUCCUCCUCCUCCUCCUCCGCAUCCACUGCCGUAACCCAGGCGGCUGUGGCGAACUGCUUUCCGGCCACCCAGUAUGAGUCAGAGCUGCAGGACACGUGUCGGCGUGUCAGCGUUCUCACUGCACCUGAUCAGCAGAUGAGGACCACAAGCGGCUCAGCCAAGUCUGACAUCCCCGGGCCCACCAGACUCAUAAGAUUCGGGACCACAUCGGGUGACGUGUCGCUGACACUAGGUUUACGCCACGCCGGAAAUAUCCCCGACAACAACCCUUCUUUCUCCCUCAGAUCCGAGUUCGGAGGCUGUUAAAUCCCUAAACCUCCAAUUUCAUGUCAUAUAAUUUAAUUUUUAUAUUCAAACACCAUUUUUCUUUUUU